AUGAGCACAUCCUUGUCAUCUAUCGGCGUAUCACCAAUCGGCACGACCAGCUCGCUCUCGACUACCAGUCCACAAAGCCCUAUGGCAAGCGUAGUAUCGAGCGUAUCUCAAGGACAGUCCAGCACAUCUCCCGUAACCUACACGGUCAGCCCACUCCCUGCAUCUUCAAGCACAGGUGCCACAAUCUCUGGCAAUACCUCCGUGAUCAGCAUGUCCUCGAGCAUGGUGAUAUCCAGCAUGUUAGCUUCGGCCUCUGCUUCGGCAUUCCCUAGCCCUGGACCACCAUGCCCGAACUAUAAUAACGCAGCAUACACCGACCAGUCGCUGGAAACGUACGACAUCACCUGUAACCAAACCUACAGUGGUACAGUCAUAACAUCUCAAUCCCAAAUGAGAGCCAGACGACAGACAGGUGGUGGCCCAGCCUCGACUUGCAUGAGUCUGUGUGACACCUACAGCAACUGCAUCGCCAUCUCCUCCAAGUCAACAACCUGCACCUUGUUCAGCCAGAUCACGGAUCUGACCUAUGAAGGCGGCAGUACUGCGGCUUUGCUGGUAUCAGCUGGCAACCAGACUACGCCAUCUGGUGCCGUGAGCGUAGUGACGGUGACGCAGCAUGUGUGUGCUCCGCGUAGCACUACUACCGUGUUUACGACGGCGACCAUGACGACUUGCGCGGCCAGCGCCGGGUGUACUACCAUGCCGGGGAACAUGAGGCUGGGUAGCGGAUAUAUCGGGAAAGGAGGAUUGUAA